AAACUGUGCGCAAACAGCAGUAGAUAUAUAUGAAUUUAUUGAAAGAAAUGGGGGAAAAAGCACGGCACUUUCUCUGGAGGAAGAAAAAGGGCAGGGGCUCAAGCCCACUUUGAUGUGUGCACGUGCCUGUGUCGGUGUUUGCAGACCUGUAGCCCGCGAGCGAGUGCGGUGUUCCCCUCAACUAUGUCGUCACCACUCGGUCACGAGUCCAACUGGUGAGCGUGUAGAUGCCAUGAUCAUGUUCCUCCUCCUCAUCCUCCUCCUCAUUUAUCAGAUACACUAAGGGUGCCCUUCACAUGCAACGACCAUGCAAUAAAAAACAGAGUGCUCCGUGCAGUGCGGUUUUCCAGCACCUCAGUGUUCGUGCACUAUACCAUGCAAGCGGUGGACGACGGAGCAGCUGAUACCGACGCUACUGUAAACAGUAGCAGCACCGCACACAUCGACGACCGCUACGGGGCAAGGGAGAGGAUGGAGAGGACGGUGCCAGCCGAGCAGCAGGACAGGACCGACAACCAGCAGCAGAGAACGGCCUUAUCACCAUCCGGGGUGCUCAAUAAAUUGUUUGGCAAGCAUCUUCUGCAGGCCAGGCACUAUAUUAUGUCCCGUAAGUCUUGGCUGAAGAUGGUGCCCACCGAGAACUGUGAUAUCCUGAUGACAUUUCCAGAUACAAUAGAUGACCACACUCUGCUGUGGCUCCUGAAUCAGAUCCGUUUAGGAAUCCCACAAGUCAUCAUUCAGGUCCGGCAGCACAAACACACCCAGGCAAACGCCUUCUUCAUCACGACAACGUUUGAGAAUUUACUGCGGGGAGCCGAGCAGAUGGGCAUGUACAAGGCCGUCAAACCGCAAUUUGGUGGCGGGAUGCGGCGCUUUUCCUGUGAGGAAGACAAUAUCUAUGAGAACAUAGAGAGUGAGCUCUGCUUUUUCACCUCACAGGAGCGUCAGGGCAUCAUAAAGUAUUGGCUGGACAAUCUGCGAGCCAAACAGGGGGAGUUGCUCCACAACAUUCACUUCCUGGAGGGACAGCCUAUCAUUCCAGAGCUGGUGGCUCGGGGGGUGAUCCAUCAAAUGUUUCCUCUCCAUGAGCAGAGGAUCCUCAACCAGCUGAUGACGUCUUGGGUCCAGGCUGUGUGUGAAAGGCAGCCUCUGGAUGAUAUCUGUGACUACUUUGGAGUGAAGAUCGGCAUGUAUUUUGCCUGGCUGGGUUUCUACACUAACUCCAUGCUUUACCCUGCCGUCAUCGGCUUUCUGCUCUGGAUACUUGCGGAGGCCGACCAGACCAGUCAGGAUAUCUGCUGUGUGGUUUUUGCCCUAUUCAAUGUUGUGUGGGCGACGUUGUUCCUGGAGCGCUGGAAGAGGAGAGAGGCGGAGCUGGCCUACAGGUGGGGCACCCUGGACACCCCCGCCGAGUCUCUGGAGGAGCCCAGGCCGCAGUUCAGGGGCGUGAAGCGCUGCAGUCCAGUAACGGGCUGCGAGGAGUUCUACUACCCGCCCUGGAAGAGAGCGAUGUUCAGAUGGCUGGUCAGCCUGCCCAUCUGCAUCCUUUGUCUCUGCUUCGUCUUCCUCGCCAUGCUCCUCUGCCUGGAACUGCAGGAAGUGGUGAUGAAGAUUCAGGAACUACCCAGUAUCACAAGAUUUAUUCCCAAGAUACUGCUGGCCAUUACUGUGACCAUUUGUGAUGAAGUGUACAAGAAGAUUGCCAAAUGGCUCAAUGACAUGGAGAACUACAGACUACAGAGCGCCUAUGAGAAUAAUCUCAUCAUCAAGAUGGUCUUUUUUGAAUUCAUCAAUUCCUAUCUCAGCCUUUUCUACAUCGGAUUCUACCUCAAAGACAUGGAGCGACUUAAAGAGAUGCUAGCCACUCUACUGAUCUUCCGCCAGUUCCUACAGAAUAUCAAAGAGGUCCUCCAGCCUUAUCUCUACGAGCAAAACAAGCUGGGCGUUUUCACCCCCAAGGUGUUGUGGGAGCUCCUUCAAACCAUCGUACUGAAGUACGGCCGCCUGGCUCUGGGAAAGGUCCAGGCCUCGAUGACAGCCUAUUCCUUCCUGGGCUCCAGAGGGAUCCCUGUCAGUCACACGGCCAACGGAAACCCAGAGCAAAAGAGAAGAGGGGAUCUGAAAGCCGGAUUCAGGCUGUCAGAAGAAGAGUGGGACAUGAAUGACGGCAAUCUGAAGAAUCGUAAAGUCAGCUUCACUGAGAAGGUCGACUACCAGGACGUCACGACAGAAGUGCUGCCGGUGGAUCGCAGCUUCCUGGAGGACAGUCCCACGAUGGUGGAGGAAGGGAUGGAUCCGCCCAGUAUGUUUGACAGCUGUGAUGAGGACAGCGAUUGGGAAUCACCGGCACAGGAAUCGCAGUCUUUCUGUCAGAGAAGAAAGAACGCGAGUGAGGCGAAAGAGAAUAAGAAGUCAUGGAUCGAUCCACCAGAGGAACCCAAAACGGUCACUCUCACUCAGGCUGAGAUUGAGAGCUGUAUGCAGACAUAUGAGGACACGCUUCUGGACUACCAAGAAAUGUUCAUCCAGUUUGGCUACGUGGUGCUCUUCUCCUCUGCGUUUCCACUGGCGGCCAUGUGUGCUCUUAUCAACAACAUCAUCGAGAUCCGCAGCGACGCCCUGAAGCUCUGCACCGGCCUGCAGAGGCCCUUUGGACAGCGGGUGGAGAACAUCGGACAGUGGCAGACUGCAAUGGAGGCCAUGGGCUUGAUAGCUAUUAUAGUGAACUGUUACCUGAUUGGUCAGUGUGGGCAGCUGCAGCGUCUGUUCCCCUGGUUGAGUCCUGAGAUGACCAUCAUCUCCAUCGUAUUACUGGAGCACUUUGCAAUCCUCCUAAAGUACAUCAUCCAUGUUGCCAUCCCUGAUAUCCCUGGCUGGGUAGCAGAAGAGAUGGCCAAGCUAGAGUACCGACGAAGGGAAGCUUUCAAGAAGCAUGAACAGCAGGCCCAGCAGCACUUCCAACAUCAGCUGAGACGCCGGCGGGAGGAGGAGCUCCAGCGCCAGGCGGAGCAGCAGGCGGGGGCCCGGCAGGAGAGCGAGCACAGGGCCGACGCCCAGCACCAGCACCACCACGACAAGGCAUCGGGUGGCAAGGCAGGGGACAAGCCCAAGAGACCCAGCUCUCUCCUGGGGAACAACAACGUGAUGAAGCUGAAGCAGAUCAUCCCUCUCCAGGGGAAGUUCUCCUCCGGUACCUCACGCUCCCCAGCCCAGUCCCCAACGGGAGGAGAGGCCAAGCUCCCAGGGUUUCUGAAGUUCUUGAAGUCGCCCGAGGUGAAAAAAGAGCCAGCAGUGGCUGCCGGGGCGCAGGGCUCCACGGGGACCUCAGCCUCGCCCUCCACUGGCCUCGAGAGGUCACAGUCCCCCAAUAGGACAUUCAGUCCUGGGAAGCUGUUCAGUUUCAGCAAAUCAGAGGGGACUGUGGUGUGUGUGAACGGGACACAAGCACCGCCCCAACGUGCUAACGCUCAGCCCAGCAAGGGCGACUUAAACUCAAGCCUGGAGGAACUCCCCUCCAAUGAGUCCGAUAAAGGAGACUCAAGACAAUUGACUGAUUCAGAUAACUCAAAGAGCUAAUAGAUGUUCACUGUACCAGUGUAAUGUUAUGAAAGGAGAGCAGUGCACAAAUGCAACAUUGAAGGACACACCUGUACCGUAGGAGAACACAUUACUCAAAAGGACCACAUGUAAGGUCAGCCAACUUCACUCUUGAUGCAACUUACUUUGCACAAAGUAUUAUACUGUAUUUAUUACCACUUUAUUAACUAGCUUCCAUGUAAGAUAUGUACAGUAAGUGUAACCCUCUGAACAGAGAUGUAGAGACCUUAACUGAAAGGUAAAAUAAUGCAUGACUGCCUGGUUUUCAACAGCACCAGAACCGAUAAUGUAAAUGAUCUUUUUUAUGAAUCAGGACCUGAUCAUGAAUGAGCCAUUUGUCAAAGGACAAUAACAGCAGCUUCCCAUCCCAGGUGUGUUCCUCAUCCUGAUGCCAGUACUGAAUGCAUGUUCUGCAUGCGUUACACCUCCAUCAUGUCUUUUCAGUUGUGAAGCACUUUCCAAGCCAUCAGAUUCUUCCGCAAUAGGUCAGAUUAUAUUCACUGUGACCAUGAAAAAUAUAUUCUAUUUUUCUUAACUUUGAUUUUCUAUGAAUUAUUUUACUACAUGAAUUAGCGAAUGUACUUCUUUGAUGCAAAUACAUGUCACUUUAAUAAACAUCCAUCAAGAGA